AUUUUGAUGAAAGUCUGGCUUUUUGUUGCAUAACUCCAGUGUUUAAACAGCUCUCUGAACUUUGCAGAUUGGGACUAUGGAGACGAUUACCCAACUGAACCCCCAGAAUCUAGUUGGUAUUCCGACGACUGGUUAUUUGACCUCCUGGACGUAUCCGGUGCUUGUGAUCCAAACCCUUGCUUCAACGGUGCCUCGUGCGUGGCAAAAUCUGCUACAGAAUUCUUAUGCCUAUGUCCUGAGCCUUACACUGGGAAGAUGUGUCAAAAAACGAGAAAUGUUUGCGAGAACAUCAGAUGUGGUCGUGGUGACUGUGUGGUCAAUCUAAAGAAACCUCCUUUUUACGAGUGCAAGUGCAAUCCUCCCUACCAAGGCCCCGACUGCAAGACACUGUCUGUCUGUGAACCCAAUCCUUGCCAGAAUGGAGGCUCGUGCACCAAAGCGAACCGCCGCUUACGCUGCCAUUGUCCAAGUGGAUUUCUUGGAAAGUUCUGUGAAAUUGCUCCUUCUGACUGCUAUGAAGGAAAUGGAGAGACAUAUAGGGGCGUCGCCAGUAUUACAGUGGAUGGGCAGGAGUGUCUGAACUGGCAUUCCAAUUUCAUUUUGUCACAGGGGGACGAUCCUUUCACCACAUACCCAGACUUUACUGGAUUGGAAUAUAACAACCACUGCAGGAACCCGGAUGGGGAUGAAAUGCCUUGGUGUUACAUUAAAAAGAAUCGCAGACUAGAAUGGGAAUACUGCAAAAUCAAGAAAUGCUCUGCAGCCCCAGCCCCAGCCACUCCACCAACACCAGUUCAACCAGUACCAGGCUCUGCCCAGUUCUCCCAGUGUGGGAUAUCCAAGCCUAUUCGCACCAGCAGGAUUUUUGGGGGGAAAAAGGCAUACCCAGGUGCCCACCCGUGGCAGGCGUCCGUGCAGAUCAGAUCCAAAGGAUCCUCCUCUCCAUUUAUGCACGACUGUGGUGGGAUCCUCCUGUCUUCUUGCUGGGUCCUCACUGCUGCCCACUGCGUUUCACAGGAUAAUGAUUACCAAGUGGUGCUAGGAGGAGUGAACUUAGACAAACAGGAGGAGAUUGACCAGACCAUCCCUGUAAUACAAACAAUUGUCCAUGAGAACUACAGGGAAGAACCCAGUGCUCUUUACAACGACAUUGCUCUGCUUAAACUCAAAGUUACGGACAGCCCUUACUGCGCCAAGGAAACCCGUUUUGUGAAGGCAGCGUGUCUACCGGAUGGGGCCUUCCCAAAUGGAAAGGAGUGUGUGAUCUCUGGAUGGGGAGCCACUGAAAACUCGAGUUACACCAGCCAGCUGUUGAAUGCUCGUGUUUUCCUGAUCUCUGACGAGCGAUGCAAAACUCCUGAAGUCUACGGAAAGGUACUGGACAGCAGCAUGUUCUGUGCGGGGACUUUGCAGGGAGGCGUCGACUCCUGUCAGGGCGACUCAGGUGGGCCCUUGGUGUGUGAGAAAAAUGGCACACACUACAUCACCGGGGUGGUGAGCUGGGGUGUUGGCUGCGCUAAGAAGAACAAGCCUGGUGUCUAUGCCAACGUCAACCAAUUUACCAACUGGAUCAAAAGCAAAAUUACUGACCUACAUUAGUUCAGUAAUUGCUGUGGUGGAAAAUACCACUGGAAAAAAAAAGUUUAAUUUUUGGAGGAAAAAACAGAUUUCAGCUUACUUUGGCUUGAAAAAUACAGUUUAUUAUCAGCAAUAAAACCAAGCAUUUACU